GUACCCAUAAUGAGUGGAAGAGGGAAGACCGGCGGUAAGGCUAGGGCUAAGGCCAAGACUCGCUCCUCUCGCGCUGGCCUGCAGUUUCCUGUGGGCCGUGUGCACAGGCUUUUGCGCAAAGGUAAUUAUGCCGAGCGCGUUGGUGCCGGUGCUCCGGUCUAUUUGGCUGCUGUGCUGGAGUAUCUGACUGCUGAAAUUCUCGAGUUGGCAGGCAACGCCGCCCGUGACAACAAGAAGACCCGUAUCAUUCCUCGUCAUCUGCAGCUCGCCGUGCGUAACGACGAAGAGUUGAACAAGCUGUUAGGAGGGGUGACUAUUGCUCAAGGUGGCGUGCUGCCCAACAUUCAGGCUGUUCUGCUGCCCAAGAAAACCGAGAAGAGCGCCCCAGCCACCGGCGGCGUGAAGAAGCCUCAUCGUUACAGGCCUGGUACCGUAGCUCUGAGGGAGAUUCGUCGUUAUCAGAAGUCGACCGAGUUGCUGAUCCGCAAGCUGCCCUUCCAGCGCCUGGUGAGAGAAAUUGCUCAGGAUUUCAAGACCGAUCUCCGUUUCCAGAGCUCUGCCGUCAUGGCCUUGCAGGAGGCUAGCGAGGCAUACCUGGUCGGCCUGUUCGAGGAUACUAACUUGUGCGCUAUCCACGCCAAGAGAGUCACCAUCAUGCCCAAGGACAUCCAGUUGGCCCGCCGCAUUCGCGGAGAGCGUGCUUAAACUGCUCGCUCGGCGUAAUAUCCCAAAAUACCCAAAGGCUCUUUUAAGAGCCACCUAAAUUGUUUCGCUGCAAAAUGAGCAAGUCGCCUUGGCAACGCUUCUCACCGAUACGUCGUUAUUAUAACGUGCAUCUAACAUGUGCUUCUAGAUUACGGGCAACCUAGUUUGCUAUGAGGGUUAAUUCCAUAGCUGAGAAACUAUGGCAACGGUAAGGAGCGUUGUAUUGUGAGUCGACAAGAAACUUUGUAGUAAGGUCGUCUGGGUUAGCGGUGCUCUAGCGGGAGUAUGACGUUCACGUCAUCAAAAUGUAUCACUGAGAAACGAAACUGAUACAAGUCUUUCAGAGAUGUCAGUGUCUUUUCUUCGACUGAAAUAAAUAUGUACUGGUGCUAUUAACUAAAUUCUAGACACGGACGUGGUUUUCAGACCUGUUCUCUAUUAACCUUUGUGUCUUGGUGGUAA